AUGCUCUCACGAACCACGCGGCUGAUCCAGCGCACCCACUCGCACGCUCACCGCGCACUCUCGUCCACCCGCUCACUCUCCUCGCCGCUCGCCGCCCUACGGCCACCCGUCUCGUCCUCGCAUGCCUUCCCUGUCCUCCCCUCGCUCGUGGAUCCCUCGUCGGAGGAGUUUGUAGAGCGCGCGGAGCAGAUGAGGGAGAAGGAGCGCGAGCUGAGAGCGAUGUGGGGCAAGGUGUUGAUGGGAGGAGGAGAAAAGGCGCAGGGCAAGGCGAAGAAGGCGGGAAAGUUGCUCGUCAGGGAACGGAUUGACGCCCUCCUCGACCCGUUCUCGCCCUUCCUCGAGUUGUCGUCCCUCGCUGGCGAAGGGAUGUACGAUGGCAAGGUGCCCGCUGGAGGGAUUGUAACGGGAAUCGGACGCGUGAACGGCGUCGAGUGCAUGAUCGUCGCGAACGACGCAACGGUCAAAGGCGGCUCCUACCACCCCGUCACAGUCAAGAAGCACCUCCGGGCGCAAGAAAUCGCACAGCAGAACAAGCUUCCCUGCAUCUACAUCGUCGAAUCGGGCGGAGCGGCACUUCCGUAUCAGAAGGAUGUCUUCCCGGACCGCGACCACUUUGGGAGGAUCUUUUACAACAUGGCUAGGAUGAGCGCAGAGGGGAUCCCGCAACUUGCGGUCGUGCAUGGGAUUUCGGUCGCCGGCGGAGCCUACGUCCCUGCGAUGGCAGACGAAAACAUCAUCGUCGCAAACCAAGGCUCCAUCUUCCUCGCCGGCCCUCCGCUCGUCAAAGCCGCGCUCGGCGAAGAAGUCGACUCCGAGACGCUCGGCGGCGGCGCGAUGCACGCGCGCGAGUCGGGCGUCGUAGACCACCUUGCGACGAGCGACGAACAUGCGAUUGCGCUUACGAGGCAGGCGGUUGCGGGGUUUGCGGCGAGCGGAAGGGUCGGUGUUUCGCAACCCCAGCAGGUGGAAGAGGUGGACGAGCCGGUGUAUGAUCCGAAUGAGCUCGGAGGGAUCACGGGAACCAAUUUGAAGAAGAGUUGGGAUAUGAGGGAGGUCAUUGCGCGCACGGUGGAUGGGAGCAGGUUUGCAGAGUGGAAGAGCGAGUGGGGGCAGACGGUCGUGACGGGAUUCGCCCACAUCCACGGCCACCAAGUCGGCAUCAUCGCCAACAACGGCGUCCUCCUCUCUCCCUCAGCGCUCAAGGCGACCCAGUUCAUCCAGCUGUGCGAACAGCGCGGCGUCCCGCUCCUCUUCCUCGUCAACAUCACGGGUUUCAUGGUCGGCACCGCGGCCGAGAAGGGAGGCAUCGCCAAGAACGGCGCCAAGCUGGUCCGCGCCGUCGCCGCGACGACCUGCCCCAAGAUCACCAUCAACGUCGGUGGCUCAUACGGCGCGGGCAACUACGGUAUGGCCGGUCGAGCGUACUCGCCGCACUUCCUCUUCGCCUGGCCGUCGUCGCGCGUGAGCGUUAUGGGCCCCGACCAGCUCCAGAGCGUGAUGGAGACUGUCUCGUCCGACACGGCCAAGACGCAGGUCCUCAAGGCGCAGAUCGAGAAGGAGAGCGAGGCGGUGUUUGGCAGUGCGAGGUUGUGGGAUGACGGGGUCAUCCUGCCCCAGGAUACGAGGACGGUUGUCGGACUGGCGCUCGGAGUCGUGACCAAGGCGUGGAAGCCCGAGCAGCGGGACAAGGUUGGCAACUUUGGCGUCUUCCGGAUGUAG